CUAAAGUGUCAGGAUAAGUUAUACGAGUGAAGUAAUUUAUCCCACACACACGAUUUGUGAUCAAAAUAAUUCUCAUCUUUUUUACCACGUGUUGAUCAUAAGAAGUCAAAUUAAAAAAAAUGGCAUCGCGAUUUAGUGGAGCAUUGCAAAUUACAAAUCUGGAUGACUUUAUUACUCCGUCACAGGAAUGCAUUAAACCUAUAGAAUUCCCGUCAAACAAAAGCAGCACGGGUGCAAAGAUAAAGAUACAAUCUGAUAAUGCUGAUUUGGCACUCAACGAAAUUAAGCAACCUAAUAAACUGCAAAAAGUCGAGAUUACACUUUCAGACUGUUUAGCAUGCAGUGGUUGCAUUACAUCUGCUGAAAGUGUAUUAGUUACUCAGCAAAGUCAAGAAGAACUGCUUAGAGUAUUUCAGGAGAAAGUAGCUCGACAGAAUGAAGGAAGUACAGAUCAUAAAUAUAUAGUGGUAAGCCUGUCAGUGCAACCUGUAUUGUCAUUGGCACAGCGUUAUGAACUUACACCUGAGCAAGCCCUCUGUAAACUCGCAGGCUUUUUCUAUCGAUUGGGAGCUGAUGCAGUAUUAGAUAUGACUGCAGCCGAUGACUUUGCUUUAUUAGAAGCUGCCAAAGAAUUUGUCGAACGUUAUAAAGUUAGCAAAGAGGGCAUAAAAAAUCAACUUCCAAUGCUGUCCUCUUCCUGUCCAGGUUGGGUAUGUUAUGCUGAGAAGACACAUGGAAAUUUCAUAUUGCCAUACAUAAGCAUUACAAAAUCACCUCAACAAAUUAUGGGAUCGAUAGUGAAGUAUCAUUUAACCGAAAAAAUGGGUCUUUCACCUGAACAGAUAUAUCAUGUAACUCUAAUGCCUUGCUAUGACAAAAAAUUGGAAGCUUCUAGAGAAGACUUUUACAAUCAGCAAAAAGAGACAAGGGAUGUGGACUGUGUUAUAACAUCAAUUGAAUUGGAACAAAUGCUCAAUGAACACAAUUUAACAUUAAACGAGAUAGACGAAGGUGAAAUCAAACAGCCAUUUGGUCGCUAUAAUGAAGAGAUCGAAAACAAAUUAUGGGGUCAUAAAGGAUCAGGAUCAGGUGGCUACGCAGACUUCAUUUUUCGUUACGCAGCGAAAAAUCUUUUUGACGAAGAAAAUGUCAUUGUGGAAUUCAAGAAUCUUAGAAAUCCCGACUUCCAGGAGGCAGAAUUUAAAAAGAACGACCAAGUGCUAUUAAAAUUUGCUAUUAUUAAUGGAUUCAGAAAUAUACAAAACAUAGUUCAGAAGAUGAAAAGAGGAAAAUGCGUUUACGACUAUGUAGAAGUUAUGGCAUGCCCAUGUGGUUGCUUGAAUGGUGGAGCACAAAUAAAGCCUGAAGGAAACAUCCAACCCCGAGAACUUGCAUCGACAUUAGACAAUACAUAUCAUAAACUUCCAUUGAGCAAACCCGAGAAAAACAAAGUAGUACGGAACUUGUACAAAACUUGGCUGGAAGGAGAACAUACGGAUAAAGUUAGCGCGUAUUUCAACACACAGUAUCAUGAAAUACCAAAAAUGAAUACGGCACUUACGAUAAAAUGGUAACGCAGGAAUAACGAUGUAUGAAUAUUUUACAAUAAUCUUAUAUGAUAUGUAUAUGUUGCAUAGUAAGUUCAGUGAUUGAUUAGUUUCUUUUUAUUUUUGGGAUUGUACAAUAAUAAAAAUAAAUAAAUUAUUGCUAA